AUGUCUCACUCUAUUAGUCUAGUCGAAGCUGCUGUCGUCCAAGCAUCCUCUGUUUCUGCCUCUGCUGCCUCCGGUCUAGGUAUGGUCGGUAACGGUGGUACCGGUUCCGUCGACACCUCUGUUUCCACCGGUGUCGUUUCCUCUGUUGCUGCUUCUGGUUCUGCUUCUGCUGAAGGUUCCAGCAAGGGUGCUCACAGCUCUGCCCACAGCUCCGGUUCUAGUGCCUCUUCUGGUAAGACCGGUUCUUCUGGCGAGUCUGGUGCUACUUCUGGCGCAUCUGGUGCUACUUCCGGUGCUGGUGCCACUUCUGGCUCCAGUGCUGCCACUGGAAGUGCCGCUGGUACUGCCUCCUCCACCAAGGGCAAGAGCAAGGCCUCUACUUCCUCCAAUGCUGCCCCAGGUAUGGUCGCUAACCCAGUCAACUCCAAGUACGGUAUUCUAUUGGGUUUGAUGAUGGCUGGUUCUUUCAUCCUAGGCGCUGUGUACAAGUGUGUGUCCCAACCCAACCCAAUGGCCAGCUUUUUCGUCGCAUUGUGGGAGAGCAUCUUCCAGCCCGGCACUUCGCCCCAGCUGAUCGUCGCUACGCACGUAUCCUUCGCACUCUUGCUCUGCGUUCUUGGUUCCCAGAUCUACCUCACCAAAAACAUCCAUUUCAUCGCAUUGGCCGUCAUAGCUGCGCUAUUAUGGGUCACCGUCACAUGGUUCAUCUAUGAGCUCAACAGAGUCAAGUUGCAGAGCAACGAGGACAUCGCUCGUGCCCAGGAGAAGACCGGUUCUGGCUCAGACUCGGCAUCUGACAAAAAGUUGUCGUCAUCCUCCACUUCUCACAAGCCCACAGCUGACUCUAACUCCCCGAAACCUCGCAAAACCAAGUCCAGGAGAGCUUGA